AUGGAACCUCAAGAGAAAAUAUAUGCAUGCAUAUAUUGCAGAAAUGCAAAGAGAAAAUGUGAAGGCGUAAAAGUAAAAUUUGAUGAUAAUGAAUAUGAACCGAAAUUGACUUACUGCAAGAUGUGCUUAGAUAGGAAAGUAGAAUGUAUUAUUCCUACACCUCACUGCGUUGUAUGCAAGAAGAAAUUCGGAAAAAGCGAAGCUAUUGGCCUUUGUCCAGGAUGUAAAAUGUCUCGAAUGUUGGAAAUAAGCAUUUCAAGGCAUGAACAAACAAUCGUAGCAUUUCAAAACAUCAUUUCAAAAUUGGAGCAAACCACUCCAAUUUCAGAACCAAUCCAUUCAACCAUCUUAGCAUUGAGAGAUGAGAAACUAGCGACAGAGCAAGUAAUUCAAAAGCUUAGACAACUUACAAAUCAACUGGCAAGAGGCCAAGAAAUAACCCAAG